UCAGCUAUUUAUUCAUUGAGAGAAAGAAAGAGAAAGAAGGAAACAUCUUCUCCUUGAAGCUCUUGCAUUUCUCAUGAACUGUGGAGUCGUGUUGGGUUUCUAUUGUUGGGGUUGGGAGUUCUUAACUGCCCUUCUUCUCUUCUCCUCUUCUCAUCAAUCUUAAUUACCUUCAUCAUUUUCUUCUUCGAUCUACUCUUCAUCGAUCUUCUUCUCCUUCUUCAAAUUUCUUUCACAAACAAAUUAACAUGGAUCAGGGAGUGGUAAGUGAUAAUAAGGGGUUGUUGUUGGAAUGUGGAAUUAGAAAGUGCAAUCCACCACCGUUCUUAUUGAAGACAUACAUGCUGGUAGAGGAUCCAACCACCGAUGAAGUGAUAUCAUGGAACGAUGAAGGGUCGGCGUUCGUCGUGUGGCAGCCGGCGGAGUUUGCUCGUGAUCUCCUCCCAACUCUCUUCAAGCACAGCAACUUCUCUAGCUUUGUCCGGCAACUCAAUACCUAUGGCUUUCGUAAAGUUGCAACAAGCCGAUGGGAGUUCUGCAACGACAAGUUCCGAAAAGGUGAAAGAGAACUCCUAACUGAGAUUCAGAGAAGAAAAGCAUGGAACAGUACCAAGCAGCAGCAACAACAACAACCCAAUACCACACCAAACCAAGGCACACUCCAAGAUUCUGAUGAAGACCAAAGGUCGUCAUCAACCUCAUCAUCUUCGGGUUUAACGAGUCUUGUGAAUGAAAACAACCGGCUCAAGAAGGAGAACGGUGUGUUGAAUUGUGAGCUAACAAAUAUGAAAAGGAAGUGUAGGGAUCUGCUUGAUUUGGUUGCUAAAUAUUCUUCACAUGCAAAGGAGGAAGAAGAUGAAAGGCCAAUGCUGUUUGGAGUGAGACUAGAUGUUCAUGGAGAGAGGGAGAUGAAAAGGAAUAGAGCUGAGAUAAGUGAAACUGCUAGCAUCUUGCUGUCUCAGUCAUGCAAAUAGAUAUGCUACAUAGAAGCUUGAAAAUACAAGCAUGCAUAGCUAGGAAAAAGGAAUAAUCAAAUAUUUGAAAAUUAAUCAUAUGUACUUGAUUAAUAUUAGAUAGACCAGCGUGUGUUAAUGACUGAGUUACGUACAUUGGAGAAUAUAUAUUUGUUGGUGGGAUGUCAAGAUGUUAAGUUACUGUGUGAUGACUCCUCAAGCAUAGAAGUGUAAUUAUGUGUUGUGAUUUAGAAUGGUUAUACAUAAUUAAAAUAGCCUAAAAGUGGCCAUUUUAAUGA